UGAGCUGCCGCGCCGCAUGGGGCCGCCUCCGCCUCACGUGACCUGGCGCCAUGGUUGCGCUGCCUGCGGUUGCUGGUUGGUCUUAGAAAUGAAUCUUCAUUUCAUUCAUUUAUAGAUAAAAAACAAUUCAAGUAGUUAAUACUAAAUUUCUGGCUCAAUGCGAGAUAAUAUUUUUGUGACGUAUUAUAUAUUAAUGUACAUUUUUGGAAUCGUGUUGAGCUGAAAUGGCAGAUAACUGCAUUGCAUGUUUAAUUAAAAGUCCAGUUGCACUACAGAGUGGGGAUUUGAAAACGGAUUCAUCAAAGCCUGGAGUGUUUGUUAUAGAAGUGACUUUUCCAAAGGAGAGAAUUACUAAUAUUGAGAAAAUCACAUUUAAGAAUUAUUAUACUGCAUUCUUAACAAUACGCCUUCAACAACGAGUGUCUGGAGAAUCUGACAAAACUGUAUUGAAGUGGAAGACUUGUUUACGCAACAUGUGUCUGAUGUCCAAUCCUCACACCGAAAAUGGAUCACAAGAUUACUUUUCCAUCUCCAAGCAACAGAUGCUUUUUGAACCAAAUGAUGUAAUGACAAUGCGGCUGAUCCUGCGGCAGCCAUCCCCAGUCUGGGUGAAUUUUACAUUGGAAGAUAUUAAGGUAUACGAGUACAAUAUCAACAAAAAUCAAGAACAGGGACCGUGGCUUCCUAAGCUCACUCCUUCAGAGCAACCUUUGAACUUAAGUGAUGGAUUACCGGAUCCAGACGUGGUAGCUUCAAGUGUACAACAGAUGUGGGUGUUGACUGAAAUGGUCCAGAACAAUUCAACGUCCGCCCGUGUUGGACGCUUUGAUGUGGAUGGUUCCUACGAUGUCAACAUGCUAUCCUACAUCUGAGUGUUUCAAGAAUUGCUGUUCCCCCUGGGAGGAUCAGAGCAAUCAAAUUACCUUGUUUUGUGAUUGCCUGCAACUUUACAGGCAAAGUACUUGAUGCUCCAACUGAAACAUGAACUAGUUUUCUGCUUUAUGUCUGAGUGGGACCAACUGAACUAACUUCACAUCAUUGUAUUAACUACUCUACAUUGUUUUAUAUGUACAGUUAAUAGUGUAACAUUAUGUUGUAAAUGUAUACUGUAUAGAUUGCAGCAAUGUUUUGCAAAUUUUUCCCUAGUUGCUUGAGCCAACACAUUGUUUUGCUAAAUUAUGAAAAUAAACUUCAAAACAUUAAUUACUGGGAUAUUUGAGAAUUUAAGAACUAAAGAGUGAAUGGUAUGCAUAUAAACAUUAGUUUUAAACUACAUCAAAUGAUUCAAAAAGUGGGAAGGAAGGAAGAUUACAAAAAUAAAAUCGAGAAUGAUUAAAAGAAUAAAUUGAAAGAAAAAACUUAAAGUAUCACUACAUCCAAUCUUUGUAUGUGACUGGGAAGUUACUGCAACAGGGAUUUUCACAACGCAAAUUAUAAAAGUUUAAUUCUGUAUUUCACUGAAGUAAUAUUUAGUUGCUACAUUUUUGCAAUGCAGAAUAUCAAUAAAGUCCAGUCUAAUGAUUUUA